UAUUACAGUACUGAUUUCAGUGAUUAUUUCACAACUAUUUGGUUAUUUUCGUGAUGUGAUCAAAGUUUCAUGAGAUAACGGUAAUCGCGUAAAUAAUUUUUACUAGAAAUGGUUCGGGAAAGGAGCCCGGAUAGGCGCAGGUCGCGAUCUCGGGAGAGACGUGAAAGAGAGCGUUAUGACGACCGCGAGUCUCAUCGUGAAAAGACAAAACGUCGUGAGAGAUCUAGAAGUCCCGCAAGAAAAGAUCGCGAUCGCUCUCGUAGCCCCACCAGAAAAGAUCGUGCCCGCUCGAGGAGCCCUAAUAGAAAAGAUCGCGCGCGAUCCAGAAGCCCAAAGAAACGAGACGCAAAAGAAAAGGAAAAGGAGAGAAGAUAUGAAGAUAAAGACAAGCCUAAAGGUAAAAAAGACGACGGUAAAUUGAAUGAAGAUUCUCAGGAAAAUAAACAGGAGGAAGAAAUCCCAAAACUAGUCAAACGUGAACCAUUGUCUUUGGAAGAAUUACUGGCUAAGAAAAAAGCUGAAGAAGAAGCAAGGAGUAAGCCAGUUUUUCUAACAAAAGAACAGAGAGCUGCACUUGCUCUAGAGAGACGUCGGGAACAAGUUGAGGCAUUGAGAGCUAAUGUGGCUAAGCCUACUAUAACGACUAUUGACCUUACAGGGCCCUCCAAAAAGGAUGAAGAUAGGAAGCACAGGGAAGAUAGAGAGCGUGAAAGAGACAGGGAGAGAGAACGUGACAGAGACAGAGAGAGGGAAAGGGACCGUAAGUAUGAUGAAAGAAAGUCAACAACAGAUCGUAGAGAUGACAAAAAAGAAAAGAAUGAAGAAUAUGGUAAAACCAAAGAUAAAGAACGGGAAGAAGAAGCCAUAAAGGCUCGCUAUCUCGGCAUUGUGAAAAAGAAGAGGAGGGUGAGGCGACUAAAUGAUCGCAAGUUUGUGUUUGACUGGGAUGCUUCUGAAGAUACAUCAAAUGAUUACAAUACUUUGUAUAAAGAUAGACAUCAAGUGCAGUUCUUUGGUCGUGGGCACAUAGCUGGUAUUGACAUUAAAUCACAAAAGAAAGAUCAUAGUAAAUUUUAUGGAAAUCUUCUUGAAAAACGUAGAACAGAAUUAGAAAAAGAACAAGAGAAACUUCGUCUCAAAAAAGUUAAAAAGAAGGAAGAUAAACAAAAAUGGGAUGACCGACAUUGGUCAGAGAAAGAUCAAGAUGAAAUGACUGAAAGGGAUUGGAGAAUUUUCAGAGAAGAUUAUAACAUUACUCUCAAAGGUGGGAAGAUUGCGAAUCCCAUCAGAUCAUGGAAAGAAGCUGGUUUUCAUAGUGAUGUCAUGGACAUCAUUAAUAAGGUGGGAUACAAGAGCCCUACACCUAUUCAACGUCAAGCCAUUCCUAUUGGUUUGCAGAACAGAGAUAUUAUUGGUGUAGCUGAGACGGGUUCGGGUAAAACAUUGGCAUUCCUGAUACCGUUGCUAACUUGGAUUCAGUCCCUGCCCAAGAAUGAACGAUUGGAAGAUGCUGAUCAAGGACCUUAUGCUAUUAUUUUAGCACCUACAAGAGAAUUGGCACAACAAAUAGAAGAAGAAACAAAUAAGUUUGGAGUGCCCUUAGGUAUCACUUCAGUUGUUGUUGUAGGAGGCCUGUCCAGAGAGGACCAAGGGUUUAAGCUCAGGUUAGGCUGUGAAAUAGUCAUUGCUACACCUGGUCGACUCAUUGAUGUAUUGGAAAAUAGAUACCUGGUUUUGAAUCGCUGCACUUAUGUUGUAUUGGAUGAGGCUGAUCGUAUGAUAGACAUGGGCUUUGAGCCUGAUGUACAGAAAAUUCUUGAAUAUAUGCCCGUGUCCAAUAUUAAACCUGACAGUGAUGCAGCUGAAGAUGCUUCUGUAUUACUGGCAAAUUAUAAUUCCAAAAAGAAAUACAGACAAACUGUCAUGUUCACAGCUACAAUGCCCCCCGCUGUGGAGCGCUUAGCCAGGAGCUAUCUCAGAAGACCAGCUAUUGUCUACAUAGGAUCUGUAGGAAAGCCAGUUGAUCGUACAGAACAAGUUGUUUACAUGAUUGGUGAAAACGAGAAGCGUAGGAAGCUGACAGAGAUAUUGCAACGUAAUGUUGAACCUCCAAUAAUCAUAUUCGUGAACCAGAAGAAAGGAGCUGAUGUUUUGGCUAAAGGUCUCGAGAAGCUGGGCUUCAACGCUUGCACGCUACAUGGGGGGAAAGGCCAAGAGCAACGUGAUUUCGCUUUGGCAAGUCUUAAGAACGGAACUAAAGACAUUCUUGUGGCAACUGACGUUGCUGGUCGUGGUAUUGACAUCAAGGAUGUUAGCAUGGUCAUUAACUAUGAUAUGGCCAAAACGAUUGAGGACUACACACAUCGUAUCGGCCGUACUGGUCGUGCCGGUAAAACCGGCAAAGCAGUUUCAUUUGUGACAAAGGAAGAUUCAGCCUUAUUCUAUGAUCUUAAGCAAGUACUACUUCAGAGCUCCGUUUCUACAUGCCCACCAGAACUGAUGAAUCACCCUGAGGCUCAGCAUAAGCCUGGCACUGUGGUCACUAAAAAGAGACGGGAAGAAAUGAUAUUUGCUUAAUUCAAGUAUAAAUUAUGGAUCAUUAAAUAAAAAACUUGGUUUAUGAUUA